CGCUAAUAAACCAUCUGAAGAAAUCGAGGCGUUCGCUUCGUAUGACGUUGUGGCAGUGCGGGGGAUUUUUUUGAGACUGUAAACAACUAUAAAUGCUGAAAAGAGUCUAGAAGAGGAGAGUAAGAACACAUACUACAACAGAUCCUUUGGGACUCUCAGUGAUGGCUAUUCACACCUUCAGUUAAGCCAUUACCACAACAAUUCGUGAAUAAACUCUGUUAAUUUUCCCAUCAUCCUACAAGAGAAGUGUUUCAGACCAGCAGGAAAAGCUCAUGGUGUAGCUGCUGAAAUCUAUGUAAUAUAAAAUGGAUAUUGUUAAAGAGGAGUGUGAGGACGUAGGUUAUCCAGAGUCAUGCCAAUUAAAACAUGAAGAUACUGAGGAAAAAACAGAUAUCAUGGAAGUGAAAGAGGAAAGUCAAGAACUCAAUGAAGUGGAGGAGAAACAUCAGGAUCAGACAUCUUCAAACUUCAUACCUGGAGAAGUUUCUUACAUUUGCACACAAACGGUGUACUUUGUUGUGAAAAAGCCUUCUCAAGCCAAAAAACCUUUCCCCUGCCUUCAGUGUGGAAAGAGGUUCAGAUAUAAAGGUAACCUCGAGGAUCACCUAAGAAUACACACUGGAGAGAAGCCUUUCACGUGCACUCAUUGUGGAAGGAGUUUCAAAAUAAAAAAACAAUUGACGUGUCACCUGAGAAUUCACACUGGAGAGAAGCCUUACACGUGCCCGCUGUGUGGAAAAAGUUUCACACGUUCACAGGCCCUCAAAAAUCAUCUCCACUGUCAUUCUGGAGAAAGGCCGUUUCAAUGUGAUCACUGUGGUAAAACAUUUAUGUUGCCGUCGAAUCUUAAAAUACACCUUCGAGUUCAUACUGACAAAAGGCCUUACUUGUGUUCAUUUUGUGGAAGGAGUUUUCAAUGGCUGCAGAGUAUGAAAGAUCAUCAGAAAAGACAUACUGGUGUAAAAGAUCAUGUUUGCUUGGAGUGUGGGAAGGCCUUUGUCAACUCCAGCCAAUUGAAAAAGCACCAGAGAACUCAUACCGGAGAGAAACCGUACAAGUGCUCCUAUUGUGACAAGAGUUUCCCUCAAUCAAUGACUCUGAAAGUACACGAGAGAGCACAUACCGGAGAGAAACCGUACCACUGCCUUCUAUGUGGGAGAAGUUUCACCUCGACAAGGAGUCUUCGCAAUCAUAAAAAUUGUCCCAGUGAGCAAAAUGCAUCAGGUUCAGCACUUUCAAGUAAAUAGUAUGAGAUUGUAGCCAACAGGAUAGACCAAAUAUGGAGUUUCUAGCAAAAGUGUUCUAUCAUCUUAGAGGUUAAUUCUGUAAAAUUGCCACUAGUUGUGCAAUUAAGCACUUUUACUGUUGUAGCAUUUGGCAAACAUUGACAACAUCGGUCUAUAAUAUCUCCAUCUGUAUCUUUAACAACUUAAUUUUAUUAAUCAUAACUGUUGAAUGUUAUUUAAAAAAAGAAAAGACUCGCUAGUCAUGAGAUUUACACGAGUUACACUUUUUUUUGUGUGUUUGGAACUGUAAUUAGUCAACUCUUAUAGUGUGCAUUAAAAUGUGUAUUGAAAACUGUCUUUUUGUCAUGCAAGUAUUCCUGCUGUAUAAUUAGUUUGCAUUAAUCCAGCGGUUCUCAAUUUUGCUUUGGGUCACGCCCCCCUCCUUUCUAUGUUUAUAUAAAUAAAACAUUUUAACUGGUUUAUGUGCUUAUUGAACAUGCAUUAAUAGGAGCGAUGUCUGUAUAUGUAAUAGCUCGCCAAAAAAAUACAAUUUACCAUAAUUUACUCACCCUCCUGGUGGUGAUGUUGGAACAACAAAUUGUGGUGUUAUUGCCAUUUAUACUUUGUUUAGAAUCUGUUGUUGUCAUCUAACUUUAAAGCUUAUGAAAGGACCCAAAAGGAGCAUAAAGGUAGUCCAUGCGGCUAGUGCAUCAUAUUCACAAGUCUUCAAUCCACAAAGUAAUUUUUCUUGGGAAAUCUUGACGUCCAAUUUGCGUUCAUGCGAGAAAUUAAGUUGUUUACAGCGCUGAAACAACAUAGUGAGCGAGCUUCUUUCAUAGGGCUUAUGAAUGUACUGUGUUCUGUACAAUUACAUUAACAUCCUGAUUAGAUUUAGUAUCCCCAAAGAAACAUUUCCUAAAAGUUGAUGUCCACAUGAAUGGACAGUGAGACCAAGUUGUGAAAUUUUAAAUCAUAUCAAGCAAUAGAAAAUCAAAUCGUUUAUGAUGUUUC